AUGACAGAAAUAUCCGAUUCGCAUCAGAACUCCCCACCUACGGUGUUGGAGGCCUUCAGGAACACGGCGACGGCGCUACGACAGUGGAGCAUCGAGCGCAUUCGCGUGGUGGGGCUUAGCAAAGGCUGCGAAAAAGCGUCUAACAAGGAUAAUCAUAAUAAUAAUAAUAAUCUACAACCCUCUCGCACGGCAGGGGCUCCUGGUAAUUCCGACCUCACGGAUCCCAUUCGCGUGCUCACCGAGUUGGAGUUUAUGCAGCAAUUCGUCUUUCAAUCGCGGCCGUGUGUGAUUCUAGACGCGAUUCACGACUGGCCUGCGCUGCAGCGGUGGAAGGAGGAUCGCUACCUCUUCGACCUCGACCACCACCUCCCGUCAGAGUCGGAGCCGGAGGACGACGACGAGGAAGAGGAAGAAAGAGAAGAAGGCGAAGAAGAAGUGGGCGAAUCAAGCGAAACGAAAAAAACGACCGAGAAACCGGCAUUGAAGGAUCUUCCGGUUGAGGCUCCCUCCUCUCACGCUCUCCCUCGCCCGCAUGGGCCGAAAAAAGUCACCGUCGCGCUCACCCCCAACGGCCGCGCGGAUGCCGUCUGCGAGGUCCGCUACGACCCCCAUGCGGUCCGCCCUCCCCUCCCGGAAACCGACGAAGCUAAAAAUGAAAAUCACCGCGAAACCAACCACCCAAACGAUCCGCUUCGUACGGAGCGACUUUUUAUGAUCGCCGCGGAGGUGAAGGUGACGUUGCCGGAGUUGCACGCGCUGCUCGCGCGUAGCGUCGACGCGGCGCGACCGCCUCGGUCGGAUUUUUUUGAUUUCGCCACGCCCUCUCCCCUCCCCAUCAUCGCCUACGCGCAGCUGCAAAACGACUGUCUAAAUCGCGAAUACGCGCAUCUUCGAAAGGAUGUCCGCGAAACCCUUCUCGACUUCGGCGGGCGGGUUUUCGGGCAGCCCGUGGAGGCCGCGAACGUUUGGUUCGGCACCCCGGCGAGUGUUUCGUCGUUGCAUCAGGAUUGGGUGGAAAACCUCUACGCGGUUGUGCGUGGGGUGAAAGAAUUUCUGCUCAUUCCACCCUGGGAGGGGCCGUGGAUUCCCAAACCGAGGCUGCCCUCCGCGGGGUUUGUCCUGGAUGAGGAAAAGAGUGAUCCCGCGAAGCUCCAAUUCGUCCUCGCGCGUUUUCCGAAAAAAGAUGGCACGCAGGUGCCGUGGUACGACUUCGAGAUCACCGCGGAGGAGGUAGAAGGGGACGACGGUGGGGCCGUCGUCGCCGCCGCGUUGCGGGAGGCCAUUCGUAGAAACAAACCCCCCUCCGAUCCCCUCCACCCCGGCCUGCGAUCGUCCUCUCCUGCCGAGGUGGGAAAUUUGGGAACGAAAGGCAAGGAAGGAGGAGACGAACCAAAUGAAGAAAAGGAAGGAGUGUUGAGGCCUCUCGUCGCGCGCGUUUAUCCCGGCGAGACGCUCUACCUCCCCGCGCUUUGGCUGCACCGCGUCGGGCAGCGCGCCGGGGCGGAGGAUAUCGCCGCCCGCGCACGAUUGAGAAAACAAAAGGCGAAUUCAAACGCUACAAUCAAUCCAAAUGAAACGAGCGAUAAACUCGAGGAACCGCCGUUGCCACUGAUCGCGGCGGUGAACUACUGGUUUGAUAUCAGCUAUACGAACCCGGCGGUGGUGUUGCUGCGGGAGUUUGGGCUUCUUCUCUAA